AUCUUCCUAGCAUUUCUGAGUAAUUUAGCCCACAUCAUAAUCUGCAAUCAUGAAGUGGGUAACAUUGAUUUCCUUCAUUUUCCUCUUAAGUUCUGCUACAUCAAAGAAUCUGCAGAGACUUGCUCGAGAUGCAGAGCACAAGAGCGAGAUUGCCCGUCGCUACAAAGAUUUGGGUGAAGAGACAUUUAAGGCCGUUACGAUGAUUACAUUCGCCCAGUACCUCCAGAAAUGUUCAUAUGAAGGACUGUCUAAGCUGGUGAAGGACGUCGUUGAUCUGGCACAGGCGUGCACGGCCAAUGAGGAUGCUCCGAAGUGCACAGACUCACUGCCCUCCAUUUUCCUGGGUGAAAUCUGCGAAGUAGGACAGCUCCGAGAGUCCUAUGGUGACAUGGCUGACUGCUGUAGUAAAGUUGAUCCUGAAAGACAUGACUGUUUCCUGUCAUUUAAAGUUCACCACCCAAACUACGUUCUGCCAUACCAAAGACCAGCUUCUGACGUGAUAUGCAAGCAAUACGAGGACAACCGGGUGGCACUGCUGGGAGAUUUCAUCUAUUCUGUUGCAAGAAGAAACCCCUUCUUGUACGCCCCAGUAAUCCUCGGCCUGGCUGCUGAUUAUGAACAUGCACUUCAAACCUGUUGCAAAGAGAGCGAUGUCGGUGCUUGCUUGGAUAAAGAGGCAGUUGCCAUCAAAGAAAGAGCCAAGAAACUAAGUGUGAAGCAGCGGUACUCUUGUGGAAUCCUCAAGCAGUUCGGCGAGAGAACCUUCAAAGGAAAUAAACUUGCUGCCCUGAGCCAGAAAUAUCCCAAGGCUCCGCUCCCAGAAAUUCUUAAAAUCCUACAUGAUGCUAAGGACCUCCACAAAGAGUGCUGUGAAGGGGACAUGGUAGAGUGCAUGGAUGACAUGGCAGAUAUUAUAGCCUAUAUGUGCUCUAAACAAGAUGUUCUCUCAAGUAAAAUCAAACACUGCUGCGAGAAGCCAGUUGUGGAACGAAGCCAGUGCAUUAUAGAAGGAGAAUUUGAUGAAAAACCUGACAAUCUUCCCUCACUAGUUGAAAAAUACAUACAAGAUAAGGAAGUGUGUAAAGCCUUUGAGGCAGGCCAUGACGAAUUCUUAUCAGAGUUUGUUUAUGAAUACUCACGAAGACACCCCGAGUUCUCCACGCAGCUGAUUCUGAGAAUCACUAAGGGAUAUGAAACACUCCUGGAGAAGUGCUGCAAAACAGACAACCCUGCUGACUGCUAUGGAAAUGCUCAAGUGGAAUUGGAGAAACAUAUCAAAGAAACUCAGGAUCUCGUAAAGACAAACUGCGAGUUUCUCAAUACCCACGGCGAGGCAGAGUUUCUUAAAGCACUUUUGAUCCGCUACACUAAGAAAAUGCCUCAGGUAUCAACUGACGCAUUGCUUGAAAUUGGAAAGAAAAUGACAGCCGUUGGUACUAAGUGCUGCCAGCUUCCUGAAGACAAACGUCUACCUUGUUCUGAGGGAUAUCUGAGCAUUGUGAUUCACGACAUGUGCAUGAGACAUGAGGCCACACCUAUAAAUGACAACAUUGCACAUUGCUGCAGAGACUCCUAUGCUUACAGGAGGCCGUGUUUCACUGCACUGGGCGUAGAUACCAAAUAUGUGCCUCCACCAUUUGACCCGGAUAUGUUCAGCUUCGAUGAAAAAUUGUGCACUGCUUCUUCUGAUGAACGGGAUUUAGGGAACAUGAAAUUGCUUAUCAACCUCAUCAAACGCAAGCCCCAGAUGACAGAAGAACAAAUAAAGACAAUUGCUGAUGGUUUCAAUGCUAUGGUAGAGAAGUGCUGCAAGCAAUCAGACGUUGAAGCAUGCUUCGGGGAAGAGGGUGCAAACCUAAUAGUCCAGAGCAGAGCCACACUAGGAAUUGGCGUUUAACACAUGGUUGCCAGUGGGAAAAAAAUGAAGAAAACUACUUCUGUGUAACUUCUCCCGCCCAUUUCCUUUUUUCCUUUGGUGUUAAAUGAGUGUUUCAUAAAUCUUCAGUGUUUUGUCAAACCACAUGCUUUCCCAGAAACUUUUCAAUUCUAUUACUUUGAAAAAAAUGAAUUAUAAAUAAAAGCUUUAUAAAUCUGCA